AUGGCGAACUGUAUAAAGGAUGCGACGAGAGAGGUGUUAGGGGUAUUAGAGGGUUUCUCUGACGGGCACAAAGGCGACUGGUGGUGGAAUUAUGUGGUCCAAGGCAAAGUGGAAGUGAAGAAGGCGGCGUACUUGAAGUUAGUUAGGAGCUCAGACGAAGAGGAGGGGAGAGCGAACAUAGAGAAGUAUAAGGUAGCGAGGAAGGAGGCAAAGUUGGCAGUCAUAGAGGCCAAGACUGCAGCGUUUGGCCGACUGUACGAGGAACUGGGGGACAAUGGCGGGGAUAAGAAGUUAUUUCGGCUGGCUAAGGCGAGAGAUAUAAUGGCUCGUGAUUUGGAUCAAGUGAGGUGCGAUGGUCGCAGAAGCGACAAAGGAGUUGCAGGAGUGGAGGCGUUGCUGAGAGCAGGAGUCCGCAAACGCGGAGGUUCAUUUGCAUCUGCGAAGGCGCAGAUGCGGUGUGAAAAGGAGCAGAAGGGAACGUCAGCACAGGAGCACAAUUUGGACUCGCACAUAUGUGUGCGCAACAAUAGAGUUUUUAUCGCAGCAGUGGAGUUUCUACAGCAGGUGCGAAGGCAGACCUCCAGUGCUUCUUCGCAGAAGCGUGUUUUUGGUCGCAAAAGUGACGCCGCAGAAGCGGCUAAUGUGCCGCAGAGAUUGACUGCUGACGUUGAUGUGAUCGAUGGGAGCCGGAAUUUGAAGAUGUACUUGCGACGAAGAGGAUACCAGAUGAGUGAAGGUGAAGUACGGUGGUACUGUUUUAUAAGAACAAAGUUGGGGUUCAUGCCGGAUUGUUCGACCACGAAAGCUAUCCACCUUAUUAGGAGGUUGGUAGAACAAUACAGGGAUAUGAAGAAUGAUCUGCACAUGGCGUUUAUUGACCCGGAGAAAGCAUAUAACAAGGACCUUAUGGAGGUUCUCUGGAGAUGCCUGAAGGUAAAAGAUGUGACAGUAGCUUAA